GAAAGUAUUGAUCUUACAUAAGAGUCAUUUUACAGUGUGUCUCCUGGGUAACAUAGGUACACCUGGUCAUUUUUUCAGAAUAUUUUGAGACCUAAGCGCGUGGGUCCUGGUUGAAUUGACGUGGAAUGACCCAAAAGGUCCUUUUACAUGUUAACAGAUAAAAACAGAUUUUAUCUGACACAUUUUUAUCUAGGCUAAAAGUAUAUCAGUAUAAAACAAAUGUCAAUCACAUUGGCUAGAUGUGUCGCCACGCCUUGCCAGAUUGCAUGCAGGUUAAACCAAUUAUAUCUCUCAGACCUCUUAAGAUGUCAUCUACAUAAAGCAUCAAGCUUUUUCCCAUUGGUCUUUUAUUAAACCAAAGCACAUUUACCUCAUCUGAUAUAUACCUCCUCACCUCUGCAAAUGUGACAGGACAUUUUCAGUUAGCCCACUUAAAAUCAAUUUCAGCGCCAAAUGUGAGCCAUCUGAUGUCUUUGGAUGGAAGUCAAUCACAUUGAAGAUAUAAUUCAGUUUUAUUAAUUUUCCUUAACAUCAGGGAGCCCUGGCGACCUCCCCAAUCACUAUUUGUUGACAAUGAUGAAGUAGACUCUUUCGCUUCUGCAGCAGUUUUGGUUUUCAGACCUCGCCAGAAUGGUCCACUUCCAGUGCUAAAUAUUUUCUGGAAACCACAGGGAUGAUUGAAAGUGCCUGUUGAUGAAUGCUGUUUUUAAAUAUAUGAUUUGCUCCUGAGCACUGCAGAAUACCGUAUUGCAAUAAUAUGAGACUGGUCCACAUGGUAGCCAGUGUGAUCACGGUCCAUAGGUCUACAUCCUGUCAGAGCUACACUUUACUGAGAUGGGCAUACCUCAUACCCUGUGGAAAUGUGUCAACACUAGUGCCAGCCUGCAGUCCAAAAGACCUCUUUCGAAAGAUCUGUUUUCUUUUCUUCUGUUAAGACAGAUUUCCCACCAACAGCUGGUUUUCUUUCACUGUCAAGACCAAUAAAAUCCUUUCCAAAAAUAGGUUAGAAAAACAAUUACUCACAAAGCAAGGGCCUGUGCGUCACCCUCUCCUUUAUUAGUACUUACCAAAAAAUGCUGCCAAAAGCAGGGCAUGGUUUGUGUCAUCAAAUGCCAAUUAAAUCGUUGCAGGAGCUAGAUGAAGCUGUCACUGCUCUAUAUCUUUAAUAAAAACACAAAGCCUCUUUAAGUAGACUGAGGCCUCAUCCAAAAAAGGAAAUGGCCAUCAUCGAGCUACUGUAACAUUCACUUCUGUAUAUACAACUGUAGAGGGUCAACAGGUCUACUGUGAGGUGAAUUAGUAUUUUUAGGCUUGAGCCCAGAGUCCUAAUGUCCUAAACAAGCUUGUAUGUAACAUAACUCAGAGAGGGAGGAAAAGUAAGGUCAGACCAAUAAAUCCAGUCCUCCUGAAACACUAUUCUGUUUCAUAAAGUAUGGUGUCCAUACUAACAUUGAGCAGUUUCCUCAGAUAAGUGGAAUUUGUUGAAUCAUGGUAACAUGUUGACAAUUUAAUGACUAUGAAUACUUACUCAAAUACUGCACAUUGAAUCAUUCUGCAUUUCUAGACACACUAAUCAAUGUAUUUCUUUGAGUAUAAUGAUAUGUGCCAUACUAUAAGGGAUCUUAUAAUGACUACCGUAAUUUGGAAGCACAGCUUGUAUGCAUCAUUAUUCUGAUUCCAGGAGAGAAUCAAGUAAGCAGACUGCAUCUGAACCAGUGCCAAUGGGGCCCAGCAUCCAGGGUUUCCUCUGCGUCCUCCUUGUGUCUUUUUGGAGUCAGGCGGACGGCCUCUCCAGGGGACCACUCCUGGCCCGCAGGCGGAGGGCGCCGGCCGACGGGGCCGAGGGUGCCCCGAAAAAGUGCUCCUACACCUUCCUGGUCCCCGAGCAGAAGAUCACCGGCCCCAUCUGCGCCACCAAGGGGCCCGCGUUGCCGGACAAGGACCGCGUGACGCGCAUGGACGUGGCGGACGUGCGUGAUCUCCUGUCCAAGCAGCAGCGGGAGAUGGACGCACUGCGGCUAUCCGUGGACGUGGACGGCAACCUGGUGAACGAGAUGAAGCUGCUGCGCAAGGAGAGCCGCAACAUGAACUCGCGCGUCACGCAGCUCUACAUGCAGCUGCUGCACGAGAUCAUCCGCAAGCGGGACAACUCGCUGGAGCUGGCACUGCUGGAGGGCCGCGUGCUCAACGCCACCGCCGAGUCGCUGCGGCUGGCCUCGCGCUACCGCGAGCUGGAGGCCCGCUUCUCCGCCCUGGCCGGCGUGGUCAACAACCAGUCGGUGCUAAUCGGCGCGCUGGAGGAGCGCUGCAUGCAGGUCUACGGCAGCCGGCGGCCAGAGGCCGGCGGGCCACCGCUCGUGCAGGUGGUGCCAGAGAACAUUCCGGUGCACGUGCCCCGCUACUUCAACGAGAUCCAGAGAGACCACGGACGGGCCUUUCCCCGAGACAGGGGCUCCCGGGCCGGUCCUGCCCCCACUGGAAGCACUGCGGACAUCCUGAAACCGCCUGAGGGCAAUUUCAGCUCAGAGGGGCCGUUUCGGGACUGCUUCCAGGCGAUGCAAGCUGGCCACAGCACCAGCGGGAUGUUCGUUCUGAAGCCAGACGGCAGCGAGCAGGCUGUGCAGGCCUGGUGUGAGCACGACGUGGACAACGGCGGCUGGACGGUCAUCCAGAGGAGGAAGGACGGCUCGGUCAACUUCUUCAGGAACUGGGACAGCUACAAGAAAGGCUUUGGCAACAUAGACAGUGAAUACUGGCUUGGUCUGGAGCACAUCUACAACCUGGGCAAGCAGGGAGACUACCGUCUGCUGGUGGAGAUGGAGGACUGGACGGAGAAGAAGGUCUACGCCGAGUACAGCAGCUUCCACCUGGAGCCAGAGAGCGAGUCGUACCGCCUGCGCCUGGGCACCUACCAGGGCAACGCUGGGGACUCUCUGACCAGUCACAACGGCAAGCAGUUCACCACCCUGGACAGAGACAAGGAUGCCUUCUCAGGUAACUGUGCCCACUUCCAUAAGGGAGGGUGGUGGUACAACGCCUGUGGGCAAGCCAAUCUGAACGGGGUGUGGUACAACGGUGGAGUCUACCGCAGCAAGUUCCAGGAUGGCAUCUUCUGGGCUGACUACGGAGGUGGCUUCUACUCCAUGAAGGCUGUGCGCAUGUUGAUCCGACCCAUUGACUAAGGCCCGACACGCUGGUGGGGUUGCUCAGCACCCCGACCCUUUCGUAACCUCCGGGACCGUGCUGCCAAUAGUUUCCAUCCUUGAUGGUCCAUUCACUUUUGUUUACAGCUUCCUGAGACAGGACAUUGUGUUCCUCAUUCUCACUGUGUAUAUGUAUGUAUAUUGUGGUUGCCACAGGUUUGAGAGGUAUGAGGAUUAAAUGGAGUACAGCAGACGAUGAUCACUAACUCCCUCCCUUUCCCAAACACGCUAACUUUCAGACAUCAGCAAAAUCUGAGCAGCGGUCUAGAAACCGGUUAAGUCGGUGCCAGCAGUGGUUUCUGGCAGGAAUCACGCUUUUUUCCACCAUUCCUUCUGGGCCUGACAAACCAGAGUCCUGCAGGUGCUGCAGUCCUCAUGUCUCCUGAGAAACUGGGGCAUGGCACAGGCGCCACCUUGGCCACUCUCAUUCAGUGCCACCAUGCCACUGCCAUCACCAGCACGUAGAAGUAGAUGAGUGAAUGCUGUCAAGUGUAUGAAUUUAAGAAACAAAAGACAAACUCAUGUGGAUGAAUGGAUGAAUGAAUGAUUGAAACGAUUUUACAGUGCCAUACCAAAUGCACUCAUAUUAUUGUUCUGUUAUUAUGUGCUUUAUUUAAAAGCCCUUGCCAUGUUAUAUCUUAAGGAUUUAAACUCUGGUUAUGUUUUCCAGAUGUGAAUAGUUAUUUGCACCUAGAAAAAAAUAUGAUUGCCAUUAAUAAUUCAUGUCAGUUCAGAGAAAAACAACUUCUGGAAAAGUUGUGUAUUACACUGCGGUUAGCAGCAGGAAAUAUAUUUAAACAAUUAGUGCAAAUCAUGUUUGAUGCAGCCAACUUGUGUAUAGCGGAUGUUAUUGAAAUCUCACAGCUAAUUAGUUUUCAAUGUGAGCUACUGAGAAACACAAGAAGGCACACAAAUAAGUAAAGGACUUACUCUUUGCUCCAGCAGUUUGAGAAUGUAAAACGUCAGCUAGCACGAAGCAGUAGAACAGACAACGAGAACCACAUUGCUGAAACCCAGACAAGAGGGAGAAGUGGUUAAGAAGAGAGGAGAGGAGAGGCGAGGGGGUGCUGGUGGUUCUGAGGAGGAAUUGGAGAUGGAAACUCUCCAAAUUUCCAUGAAUAUGUUUUUUUCAAUCUUCCUUUUAAACACAGAAAUUUACAUUCUUUCCAUUCGUAUGGGCUCAGCAUUUUUUGGUGUUUUUGUUCAGUGUAUUUCAUUCAAAAGACUCAGAAAUCCUCAGGCUCUGUAAUCACCAGAGGAACAUCAACAUGGCUCUUGUUUGAUGGCAGGAAACUGUACACUGUGUGUUCUGCCCGAAGGCAUACAGUCUGUCGAAGAGCUUUCAAUAAACAAUAUUAAGACAUACCUGGGAUUCUAAUUAUAUGUUUACUGACUCUUGACUGGGCACCCAGUCAUGUGAUUUCCUGAA